GAGUUAUUUCCCGUCUUUCUAAUCGAGGCACUCGACAACCUUUGACCUUUCUGUUUGCAGUUUGCUAGGCUAUCUACAACAACAACUGCGGCAACCUGCGAGGUUUCUGCUUGUGUUCCAGAUAUUAUCUAGUUGUGCAGUCAGCAGUCAGCAGUCUUAUCUUGUCUUCUUGUGUGUGAGUGUGAGAAGUGAGAGUGUUUUUGGCCUGACGCAGUCUGCAUUGCGCGUAUGUGAGGUCUCUGCUCUCUAAACUCUCUUGUACUGCAAAGUAGCAAAGCGUACCGGCUUCUCAAGUCAUCAUCAUCACCAUCAAAGUAAAGAGAUCAUCAUUCAUAUAAAGUUUAAAGAUUUUUCUUAAAAUGAGGUCACUAAGCCUUCUGACCUGUGCCCGAAAUCUGGUCUCAAAUAAUUUGCUGCGGAAUGAGUUGAAGGGGAAAACCUUGACCUUGGCUAGGAUCCAUCAUCGAGGACUUGCGACGUCCUCGGUCAGCAUUGUUGACCUGCGCAGCGACACUCUGACAAAACCGACUCCGAAGAUGAGGGAGGCGAUGAAGAAUGCUGUGGUUGGGGACGACUGUUAUGGAGAGGACCCCACUGUGAACAAAUUGCAAGAUGUCUGCGCAAGCAUGCUGGGAAAAGAAGCGUCUCUGUUUGUUCCGACUUGCACUAUGGCAAACAUCACAGCAGUCAUUGUUCAUGCUAGUGGUGGCUUCAGCGAAAUCCUGCUAGGUGAAGAUUCCCACAUGUUCCUGUACGAGGUGGCUGGGAUGGCUCGGUUUGCCGGAGUUCAGGGCCGCUGCGUCUCCACCCUGCCCAACGGCACGCUGGACCUUGCGGAGUUGGAGGGCAAGAUCCGACCCCUGGACGACGUCCAUCAGCCCUGGACCAAGCUCAUCUGCCUGGAGAACACGCACAACAAAUGUGGCGGCCGCGUCGUGUCGCUGGACUACAUUCAGAAAGAGAUCGCCAGGAAGAACAACCUAAGUUUUCACCUGGACGGAGCUCGCCUGUUCAAUGCGUCCACGGCUCUCAAGGUCCCGGUGUCGGAGGUGGCUCAGCACUUUGAUACUGUCUCCAUCGCCUUCAGCAAAGGUCUGUGCUGUCCUUCUGGUUCGAUACUUGCCGGCUCUAAGGAAUUCAUUGCUAUGGCCCGACGGGCGAGGAAGGCGUUGGGCGGAGGCAUGAGGCAGGCGGGAGUGGUGGCUGCGCCGAUGUUGGUCGCCCUGGAGGAGAUGGUUGACCUGUUGGCAGAUGACCACGACCGGGCGGCGAGAAUUGCCCAGGGUUUGACCGCCAUGGGAGAUAACCCUGUGUGUAGCAUCGCGAUGGACGGCGUCCAGUCUAACAUUGUCAUGAUUGACAUGAAGGGCAAGGUCAGCUCUGAACAGUUCGCACAGAGAAUGGAACAGGUGAGUGACCGAGAGAAGACGGCGCUGGGCGAGGCUGUCUCCGUGCGGAUGCUGCCGUUCACCGCGACGACAGUGCGGUACGUGACACACCAUGAUGUCAGUGACGAGGACGUGGACAAAGCUGUCAGGAAGAUACAGUACGUCAUUGAGGAGCUGUCCAGCCAGUGAAUCCACUCCUGUUGAUACCUGUUUUUUUUGGUUUUUAAAAAUUAUAUUGUCAG